AUGGCCAAGAGCCUGAAAGCAGAGGUGACUUGUCCUGUUUGUCUGGAUUUUUUCUCCAAACCAUUUUCUCUGUCCUGUGCACAUACCUUCUGCUUUGAUUGCAUUAAAACUUGGACUCGAAAAAGGGAAGAGCGCAUACUGAUCUGCCCUAUGUGUCGAGGAAUAACUGAGAAACCUCUUUUGGAAGAAUGGCAAAUGACAGCAUUGACAUUUCUCGUUAAGCAGCACGGCCCCCUGCUGGAACAAAAGCUACACUUAAGUGAUGAACUCUUGCGGUUCCGAGAGGAUGUGACCCUGGAUGCAGCUACCGCCAAUCCCUUACUUGUCCUCUCCAGUGACCUCAGGAGCGUUCAUUGUGGGAAGAUCUGCAAUGACCCAAUGGAAGAUGCUAAUAGAUUUACCCACAUGACCUGUGUCCUUGGCAUACCCUGCUUCUCCACUGGCUGCCAUUACUGGGAGGUAGAAGUGGGAGAAGGGAAAGAAUGGUCUCUGGGUGUUUGCAAGGAGUCUGUGGACAGAAGAGGGAAGAACAGUUUAUCCUCUGAGCAUGGCUUCUGGAUCAUUAGCAUGAAGGCAGGCACAAUCUACAGCAGCUCCUUCCCACAGACCAGAAUUUCUGCAAGCUCCAGCCUUCACCGUGUGGGAAUUUUCCUGGAUGUUGAGAUGGAAGAAGUAAAGUUUUUUGAUAUCAGAAAUGAUGCCCUAAUCUACACACACAGUCUACCAUCAUAUUUGGGGCCUUUGCGUCCUUUUUUCUGUCCUGAACUACCUGGAGAAGAUGGGAGUGGAUUCCCCCUGAGAAUCUGUCCAUGA